UUUAUCGGGCAACCAAAUACCGGUAGAGAAUUCGACGAAGAGGAGGAGAAGGAUGAUGGGGACGGGGAAUGGGGCCGUGAUCCGGCGGAUUGCCGCCGCGUUGCUGCUGCUGCUGUGCUCCACUGCGAUGCUGCCUCCGCGCGCGGCGGCGGUGUGGCUGAGCCUCCCGCCGUCGGGUGUCAAGUGCGUGUCAGAGGAGAUCCAGAGCAAUGUCGUCGUCCUUGCCGACUACACCGUCGUCUACGAGGACGACUCCCACGGCCCCGCCACCAUCUCCGCGAAGGUGACAUCACCAUAUGGUGACGUACUUCAUCAUAAAGAAAAUAUUACAACAGGACAGUUUGCAUUCACUACUUCUGAAUCUGGAAAUUACUUGGCAUGUUUCUUGCUGGAUUCUAACAAAGGUAUUGGGGCGAGUGUUAGCAUCAAUUGGAAGACUGGGAUUGCAGCAAAGGACUGGGAAUCUGUUGCAAGAAAGGAAAAAAUCAAGGGUGUUGAGCUCGAGCUGAGGAAAUUGGAAGGGGCUGUGGAGGCAAUCCAUGAUAACUUGCUGUAUCUCAGGAGCAGGGAAUCGGAGAUGAGAGACAUCAGUGAGAAGACAAAUGCUAGGGUCGCAUGGUUCAGUGUAAUGUCCCUCGGUGUUUGCAUAGUAGCUUCUGCUCUGCAGCUGUGGCACCUGACAAGUUUCUUUCAGAAGAAGAAGCUGAUAUAAAAUUAACAGCUUUGGUAUGUUCUAACUAGGAUUCCGCCCCUGGAAGAUUAAAAUUUGUGAGACCUAUAGUUGUUCAUCGAUGUUUUUCCUUUUUGGCAUGCAGAUAGUCCCUUUUUCUAUUUUUUCCAUUGAUCAUGAGAUGUAACUGGAAGAUGCAUAUGACAACAGGCAAUUCACUCAUGGAAAUCCACUACAGCAUUGAGGCUGGAGCUUUACCACAUCUUCUUCUUCUCUCUCUCUCUCUCUCUGUGUGUGUUUUCUUUUUUCUUCUUCUAGAGGGGAGCUUAACCACAUUUGUUUGCCACCUUUUCUUCUUCCUGAUAAUUUUCUCUAUUUCUUUUCCUGUUCUUUGGUUCUGAAAAGAUUUACGUAUUUGAGUCCCUUUUUGUCGUACAGAGACUCAGCAAAGUAGUGCGAAUCUGGAACCAAAGCAAAUUGGGAACGCCUCUGUUGUCCAAAUAAUUAACAAAAUGACAAACUAAAUACAGAGAAGCAUUCAACAAAGAAAGAAGUACUGGAGCAGAACUUUCAUUUUA